CUGCCUCUCUGCGUAGUUGGUUCGAUAGAUUUCGAUGGGAUUACAACAAACCCAACUUCUUAUUCUUCUCGAAGAUGCUCAGGCACGGGUUUUAUAACACAGCAAACAGAAAAGUCCUUCAACUUGACCCGCUGAGAGCUUUCCUGAAGAACCCGUUUCGUCUGAGCCACUGACCCAUAUUGCAGCCUUCCUUCAUCUGCCACUUCCUUGACGGUCGCCCACAAAUCCACAGGUUCUGCUGUGGUAAUUACUCUGUAUAAUGCUGUGAAAUGGACAUGGAUUGGAUGUCAGCUUUAGCUACAGCAAUAGCUGUGCUUCGGCUAUGUCUCAUCUGCGGUGGAAUGUGGAUGGUUCUCCGAUUCACGGCUAAACCGGGAGUAUCUUUGGAUUUCCAAAGAAAAUGUUUCAUCGGAGCUGGUGUCAUUUACCUCCUGGGCUUAAUGCCCCAGUCACUUUUGCUCCUAUUGGUCAACUCCGAUCUAAUAAACUUUAUGCUGGACAACGGCUACUUAUGCUGGGCGCAGAACUUCGCAUGCAUGAUUGCCGCAGCUCUUCACAGUGUUAUAUUUCUCACUUGGAUUACUGAAUGCAUCCAGCCUCAGAAAACGCACUGUAUGAGAAUGGGAUUACUAGUGAAACAUCAAUUCUUCAAAUACUUAAUAGUUUUAUAUGUUGGAAUUUUCAUUUUGUGUAGAGGUUUUUUCCUUUGGAGGAUUGACAGCGAAGAAUAUUAUACUGAUGUGGCAUCCAAAACUAAUGAUGCCACGGUGUCACAUUGGACCAUGUCGCCUGUGAAGAAUCCAACUCAAGUUGUUAGACUACAGUUGAUGUUGUGUGAAAGUUCACUGUCUGAUGAGGAAACAGGCAGUUUCCUCGCUACUUCUUAUUUUUUCCUGCUAUUGCCAAUUGUGCUGCUGUAUUUGCUUGCAAAAUCUUGGAAACUACGGAGACAUCAACUUCCUAAUCUGCCACCCAAUACUGAAGAAACAGAGAAAGGAGACGAAGAACCCAUCUGGUGGGAACAAGAAAUCAACAUUCAGAGAUUGCUGUCCACCUCCAUCACAGUUUGGUUUCAUAUCAUCCAACCUCUCAUCUUUUCCUUUCACCGAGAACAUUUUGUAGACUUUGGAACUCACUUGUUACUCACCAUCUGUGUCUUUAUACCUUGGACUCCCGUGGAGAAAGAUUAUAACCCACUUCAAAGCUGGGUGUAGGUCUCAUCGGUUUUUUUUGUGUGUUUUUUAAAUUCUUCGUAAAAAAAUGAUUGGUGAAAUAAAUGGUUUUUGUUUUUUUCCCCCA